AUGUCGAGAACCGAUGAUGAUAGCGGUGCUAGUGUCCAAACAUAUGCGCCCGCUUGUACCGACAUGCUCGAUGUGUUCACGUCUUGCACCAACAAAUUCGAUGGUUUCACGAAUCUUGCUUUCAAGGAGCAGGCCUCGUGUUAUUGCUGUCGCACUUCACGCCGUAGUGCUGUUUGGACCGAUGAGUUUGGCAGUUACGCUUCUUCCUGCGCCGACUGGGCCAUCACUGGUGAACCAGACACUGCUUACUCUGUUGCUAAAACCUUUGAGACUUUCUGCGAGCGCUUCACUGAUGUCUGCGACGCAUCCGGAACCGUUUCCGAGUUGAUCACUACGACGGACGACGGCGUAAGCGCCGAAACCGACAGUAGUAGCUCCAGCGAGGGGGGAACUGUUACAAUCACUCGCGUUAUAGGGGAAAUGGGCGUUACAAACUCACCAUCGGACACUUCCAACGACAAAGGUGGCCUCAGUACUGGAGCAAUUGCUGGGAUCGCUGUUGGAGUCGGGCUUGUAGCGCUACUCGCCCUGUCUGGAAUAUUCCUCUGGUGUUGGAAGACGAAGCGGUCCACCCAAAGCCCGACCACUGAGCAGCAGAUACAACCAAUCCAGCAGGAGCAACCAAUAGUCUAUAUGCCUUAUGGUCAGCAGCCUCCCGUUCACGGUAGGCCAUCUCAUUUCAGUCCUGUCUAUCCAGGUAACGAAAGUUAUCAAACAUCAUCACUUCCUCCUCAACCACCAGGACAGACGCAAUUUGCAGCAGAGAUGUCAGCGGGGAAAGAACCUGUUGAAGCUGUUGAGGUAGGGGGCAGAGAAAUUAAGUCAUGGUACUAG